AUGACGCAAAUGCCCGAUUCAGAGGGGCAGAAGCAGGUAGGUGGCCAACAUCUGACCUGGCAGAGGAGUAUAAAAGAUAUUACGAAACCUGUGGGUGCCGUUGGUGCUCCUUGCCUUCCAGGAUGGGGACUGCGUGAUCCCCACUGCUCCUGGUUGGAGACGCUGCAAGAUGUGGCUGCUGAUCGAUGUUGCCUCGGAAUGAUUGUGGGUGCACCCGAAUCGAUACUUGACCGUUGCACGCAAGUCCGCACUCCAAAUGGUCGUGUACUACUCACACCCGAAUUGAAGGAUGAAAUAUUGCGAAAGCUAGCAACGUAUGCCACAGGUCGAGAGACCCUUCGAUGUUUGGCCUUGGCUAGUAGGGAUGAUCCACCUGAAUUGUCACAAUUCAACCUCACUGAUCCCACAAACUUCAAGGAGUAUGAGACUUCUCAUUUUACACCUUGCCGUCUAUUUGAGCAUCCAUCAGGGGUGCCCACCUCAUUCCUAUCUAAUUUUGUGAUCAAUGAGCUAAUGAAAUGA